UCAAACGACGUCGUUGGCUCCGAAUUGGGAUCUGGACUUUGGAGCAAUGUAUUCAUUAAUCACCUUUGCCCUUUUACACAGGGAAAUAGCAGCAACACAACAUCUACACAGCAGCCAGAGGAGUAGUGUGUGAUACUGUGAAUGUGAGUGGGUGAGUGUGUGUUUAGCAGUCCCACCAGCUCCCCAAUGGCUUCUUUGCCAUCUCUUCACCCAACUUCAAACUCCAUAAUCUCCUCCCGCUUCAACUCUAAUCCUCAGCUCUCUCUCAAUCCCACUUAUUCUCUCGCCCUCAUAACCCCGCCUUCCUCUUCUUCUCUUCACGCCCCAUCCAAAACACUAUGCACCUAUGCUGUUCCCAAUGCCAACAACCCAAGACUCCAUCGCCGUCAUGGUGGUGCUUCUCGCCGCGAAAGCUCCGGUUCUCGGCACAAGACCCAACCUUUACACAGGGACAAGAAGAAUCAGUACCAGCGGCCCAAUGAACCCAGAUUGAAUGAUUACCAGUUGAGCAAUCAGAACGAACCAUUGCGCAGUGAUCCACCAAAUAUUGAUUUGAUGGAUUUGUGCCUGGACGGUAAGGUCCAGGAGGCGGUCGACUAUAUGGCUCAAGGAAUCUCUGCUGAUUACCGCGUUUUUUGUGCGCUGCUCAAUUCCUGCGGGGAUUCUGAUUCGCUAGAAUUGGGGAAAAGGGUCCACGAGUUCUUGAAACGAUCGCCAUUUGCUGGGGAUUUAGAAUUGAAAAAUAGUUUGAUUCAAAUGUAUGGUAAUUGCGGGAGUAUGAAAGAUGCACGCAAGCUGUUUGAUAGAAUGCGUGAACGGAAUAUACGUACGUGGCAUUUGAUGAUCAACGGUUAUGCAGUGAAUGGACGUGGAGAUGAUGGCCUUCUGUUGUUUGAACAGAUGAAAAAGGUAGGAUUGCAACCUGAUGAGGAUACUUUUUUGGUGGUCCUAUCAGCAUGUGCUAGUGCAGAAGCUGUGGAAGAAGGGUUGAUACACUUUGCAGCCAUGAAGGAUGAGUAUGGAAUUGUGCCUGGGAUUGAGCAUUAUUUAGGGGUUGUUGAUGUCCUGGGAAAGUCUGGUCAUUUGAAUGAAGCAGAGGAGUUCAUUGAGAAAAUGCCAUUUGAGCCCACGGUGGAAGUUUUGGAAGCUCUCCGGAACUUCGCACGAAUUCAUGGAGAUAUGGAACUCGAAGAUCGUGUGGAGGAGUUGUUGGUUUAUCUUGAUCCUUCUAAGGUUGUUGCUGACAAAAUCCCUUUGCCCUCGAGGAAGAAGCAUUCUGCAACUAACAUGCUAGAGGAGAAGAAUAUGGUGUGCCCAUAUAGGUGUACGGACCCUUACAAGGGAGAGACAUAUGAGAAACUGAAAGGCUUGAAUGGGCAGAUGAGGGAGGCUGGUUAUGUGCCUGAUACGAGAUAUGUUCUUCACGACAUUGAUCAAGAGGCAAAAGAGCAGGCCUUGCAAUAUCAUAGUGAGCGUUUGGCAAUUGCUUAUGGUCUGAUCAGUACUCCACCAAGGACAACUCUUAGGAUUAUGAAGAAUCUUCGAAUCUGCGGUGACUGCCAUAACGCAAUCAAAAUUAUGUCCAAAAUUGUCGGGAGGGAGCUGAUUGUUAGGGAUAACAAGAGAUUCCAUCAUUUCAAGGAUGGCAAAUGUUCCUGCGGUGAUUACUGGUAAAGGCAUUGACACUGUGAAUAGAGCUGCCAUCGAGGGUGUGUAUCAAUAGUCAAUUGAAGUUCCAUGGAAUGUUUAAUUCUGCAACAGGAAAGUUUUUGUUGGAGCUUAACUUUUGUAAGUUAUGAAUUUCUUGAGUUGUAAAUCAUUCUUGUACUUAAUCAUUACCUAUUUAAUAUAAAAAUUUCCUAAUUGUGUAUUAUACACAAGAUGCAAAGAA